UUCUAAGGGUGAAAUUGUAACCUUUGCGCUCUACUCUUUUUCUGCCCUCUCUCUCUGUAGGAAACUAUGAUUUUGUUCAUUUUCCCUCCCUGAAAAUCUCGAUGAAAUCGAAGUAAAAUCUGCUAAAAAUCCCAACUUUCUCAUGCUAAUCUCUUCAGUAAGGAAAACCCACAAGAAUCCCUAUCGUAAAAUCUGAAAUUUAUGCAUAUAAAUGGCACAAAGAACCUUAAACCACCAUCGUCAAACACUGGAAUCCUUCACUUACCAACUCCAUACUUGGAAACCAUUUCAAUUCCAAACCCUAACGAAACCCUUUACAGAUUCACACAAAAGACCAUGUUUAUCAGAUCGAACAACAACAGCAACAACAACAACAAUUGACACUCUAGACAUGUCAAAAUUGAGUUUAAUCGAAGAUGAAAAAAGACCAAAGAAAAAAGAGAAAUUUCAAUGGUUCGCUUCUGCUAAGAAAAGAAGAAGACACGGGUCAAGAUCAGUAUCAGGAAGAAGUACUAGUGAUAGGAGUGGUACUAGAAGGUGUUGUUCAGUUGGAGCAUCAGCAGCUCAUGCGACUUGUUCUGAUUUUGUGGUUGCUGCAACGAAUACUGAUUCCAGUGGUGAAUUGUUCGUUAAUGCAGGAGGUGGUGGCGGAGGUGAAGGGAAUUGGUCUUCCUCUGAUGUUAGUGAAGUAAAGAAUAGUAGAAAGGAUAAGAAAGAUUGUGGGGGUGGAGGUGGUGGUGCUUGUGACAAGGGGGAGAGUUUGAGUUCUGGUGGGGUUUGGCAAAUUGGAGGUUUUGAUAAUCAAGGGAAUGAAAGUGGGUAUGGUAGUGAACCUGGGUAUCGGGGUGAUGCUGAAUUUGGAUACGGUGAUGAAUUUGAUGAAGAGGAAGAUGAUGGUAGAGUUUUGUUUUGGGGUGAAAGGUCUAGAGAUACAGAUUGCAACAUGGAACUGGUUGAAGAGAACACAUUUUUGGAUCAAAAAUCUCAUUACAGAUGCAGACGUAAGAAGCAUGACUGGAGAAUGGCAGUUGAUCCACCACGGUAACGGACAACCUUGUUUCCCUAAUUAAUCAACAUUCACCCAUGUCAUUCGUUUGCCACAUCCUCUUCGGCGAAGUAAAACUAUGUUCAGUAUAUUAUUGUAUCACAAAUAAUAUUAUUUGUCGUUCGUUCUUAAAUUAAUAGUAAAAACAACUUUAUUUGGUUGAAUACUCAUUUUUCAUGUUUCAGAGUUAAAUGGAGAUCUUUUAGUGAAAA